GCGGGCGUGGUUCUGUCCCGUCUGAAGGGUCUCCCUCUCUCCAUCGGGGUUCUGCGCUGGAGGGCCGGCGACGGGACGGUGUUUCGGCCCCUCGUCAAACUCCUGAGGAACCUGAAGACGGAGAACCCUUCUCUGCAGCUGGGACCUCAGACAGAACCACACACAAGAACCAGAGGAGCAGAACCCCCUCGCAGUGCCUCAAAGACGGGAGGAUUGUGUACAUUGUGCAUUUCUUGGGAAAAGCCAACAUCGGCAUGCACGGGGGGAAGGAGGUCCUGCAGCACGCCAUCACACAGGUGCUGCAGGAACACCAGCAGAGCAAGGAAGUGCUCUUAGACCUGAAGGAAACACACCUGACGUGCACGGACAGAGGCAGCAAACAGGAGCUGUUAGAGCAUCACUAUCCAGAGAUCUCCUGUGUGGGCCGAUACGGUCAGCCGGACUACACCGUAUUCGCUUUCUGCGUGGCAGACUCCCCAGAAACCCCCCUGUCGACGGGCUUCUGCUGUGUGGCGUUCAGGGCCCAGAGCAUCAGGGAGUGUGAGGACAUGGUGUGUCGAAUAGCGACUGGGUUCAAACACACCGAGUGGUUUGUAUGACAGCUCCUACCUCUUGUUGUAAAUAAAAGUAAUGUAUAAAACACUUCUUAUUGACUGAAACCCACGACACCAGGCGUUCUACUCAUAAAGACCUUUAAUAGAAAGACAUGCGACAACACUUUCAUAAAUAUUAAAUGUAGCUGCCGAGAUUUGAUGUUGGAAAAACACAUAAAAAGCAGUCCGAAGAAGAGGGGGGGGGGUCUGUUGUCCUCACAUAGGACACACUGGUGUUUGAUGGAGAGACCCUGAACCCCCCCCAUGGAAGAAGAUGUUCCCCCGGCCUCAGAGCGGGAGCCUGAAGCCCACAGAGGACCGAGAGAUGGCGGUGAAACGCAGAAAUGAUCCAUUCGUCUAAAUGCCAGCAGUGAACCGGGAGAUGGUGAAGAAGUCAUGUUAGAAAUGUACAGGACGGGUCGCCAGCACAUCGAAACAUGCCACAUAAUAACUUGCUUACGCAGACGAUAGCAAAACAGUCGGCCGAUUGGGACGAUUUCAGGUUGCUGGGCGUAUUCUGGAUUCUGACACAUUUUGAAUCGAAGCGUGGCAUUGGAGUCCCUUAAGGCGACCCAAAACCCAACCACGCUCUGCCUUUUGUGAUCCUGAAUGUCAGAAAUCGAUUCAUAACUGUCCAAACCAGCUAAGCCAUUUUUAAACUAUUGUUUGCCGAUUGCCCGACAUAUGAAAGUUAGCAUUCGGUAGUGUCGAGGUGCUGGAGGCCCGUAUGACUCAGCUGGCAAAGCGACUACAUGAUGGAAUAGGUGAAACACUCCUACUGCACAACACGUCUCCAACUACCCUAAGAGACCUCGUGGAAUGAUUUCUUGAAUUGUCACGAAUCUAAAAUACAAAAAUGUCAACCUUGU